GCGUCCGACUUUGUCAUCGAGUUUUCAUCUACAUGAUUCUGUGGUCAUUGGAGAAUUCGAUCUGUGAACGUGAGAAGCGCAUCUAUGUAAUGUUUGUAUUCAUAUUCCUUGCUCCAGUUCGUUUUGUCGACAUCGUUCGUCGUCGUUUCCGUUUUUCUGUUUUGCUGUUGAGCAACUAUAUGUUUUUAGAAAUUUGCUUUUUAACUACGCCAAAGUCAUUUCGGAGCUGAACAGAAAAACAGAGAAAAACGGAAACGAUGACGAACGAUGUCAACAAAACGAAUCGGAGCUAGCAACACGAAUACAAACAUUACAUAGAUGCGCUUCUCACGUUCACAGAUCGAAUUCUCCAAUGACCACAGAAUCAUGUAGAUGAAAACUCGAUGACAAAGUCAGACGCGGUACGGUUACAGGGUCACGCCCUCAACGCCAGCAGCAGAGGUCUUGCAGCAUCACCGCCACUCCGGAGGACAGUCAGAAUCGCGAAUCCGUAGAAUUAUCAGCUUAGCUUUAGAGUAGAUAAUUAGUAGAUUCUUGGAUUUAGGUUCUUUGAGACAAUAUACAUCCUUGAAACUGGUUUGACUACAAACACUGUUUUAGUUUAUUCACUACCUUCAAACCAUUUCGCGAUUGUAGAGAGUAUUUUAAUGCUCGUUCGAAUGACCCGGGGUUAAUAUAUUUUGUGCUCCUAAAGACAUCGUCUAGGGUUUUGCGCGACGUCACAGCUAUACAACAUGUCAGUUGGCGGGAAAUGGAAAUGAACGCUGCUGCGUGACACUCAGAACGCCGAACCGUGCUAGAUCCAACUGAGCUAACUUUUAUAAAAGUAACGUGAAUACAUUUAUUAACGUAUUUUUCAGAAAUAAGAUUUAUAAUUUGAAAAAACCAAAACCGAUACAUAAUCAAAUAUUAUCGUCAAGAAAAAGUUAGCGGCAACAUGUAUCGACUAACUGAAGGCGCUUUAAAUAGAAUUAUGAAAGGAGAAGAAGUUGAUGAACCAGUUUUCCAAAUUCUGGGUCAUAAAAAGCUUGCAAGUUCAGCAAGCGGUGAUAGAUAUAGAUUACUAGUGUCUGACGGCAUCUUGUCUAAUUCUUUCACCAUGCUGGCAACUCAACUAAAUGAUUUAAUCACAAAUAACACUUUAUCAGAGCAUUCUAUUGUUAAAAUUAAACGAUAUGCCAUAAGUACAGUUAACAAUGGUGGUACCCAAAGAAAUGUAAUGGUAAUACUAAGUAUUGAGGUUUUGGUUCCUGGUCAUGAAAUUGGAAGAGUUUUAGGAAAUGUCAAUGCAAACAAUACAAGAACAGAAGAAGCGGCUCCAGCAGCUACUCUUGCAACAGCUUUAAGAUCUAAUAAUCAACAGAAUGCCAAACCAGCAUCCCGAAUAAAUAAUCCUGCUGUAAACCAUUUAAAUGAAUCUCUUUUAAAUGGUGGAAAUGGUAUAAACGCAACUCCCAUAGCUGCGUUAAGUCCUUAUCAAAACAGAUGGGUUAUUAAAGUCCGUGUGACCAAUAAAUCCCCAAUAAGAACAUGGUCUAACUCUCGCGGUGAAGGAAAAUUAUUUAGCAUUGAUUUACUUGAUGAAAGUGGCGAAAUCAGAUGUACAGCUUUUCGGGAUCAAUGUGAUAAAUUUUAUGAUAUGAUAGAGAUAGGAAAGGUCUACUACAUUUCAAGAUGUCAAUUAAAACCAGCAAAUAAACAAUUUAAUAAUUUAAAAAAUGACUAUGAAAUGACUCUAACUAGUGAUUCUGAAAUAGCAAUUUGUAAUGAAGAAAAUGAAGGAAUUCCAACUUUGCAAUUUGAUUUUGUACCAAUCAACACUGUCGAAGCUAAAUCAAAGGAUGAAUUGAUUGAUGUUUUAGGAAUCGUCAAAACUUGCAGUGAUAUCCAAACUCUUACUGCUAGGACUACUGGUCGUGAACUUAAAAAAAGAGAUAUUGGUAUUGUGGAUGAAAAUAAUGACUUGAUAACUGUUACACUUUGGGGUACCCAAGCAAUAGAUUUUGAUGGAUCUACGAAUCCUGUUAUUGCAAUCAAAGGAGCAAAAAUUGGUGAAUUUAAUGGGGGGAAAAAUCUUUCUUUGGUUGCUUCAUCCAUGCUUCAAGUAGAUCCAGAUAUUCCACAAGCACAUAGAUUGCGAGGGUGGUUUAAGACUGUUGGUGCUACAGAAGAAUCACGAUCCUUAUCCCGAACCCUUGGUGGAGGUGGAAACUUGAAUGGACCUUGGUUAACAUUUAAAGAAGUUGAAGAUAAUAGAUUUGGACAUCAAGAUAUGCCCAAUAUGUUCAUUGCUAAAGCUACAGUUAAUCUUAUUAGAGCUGAAAAUGCUCUGUACAAGUCUUGUCCAUCUGAAGGUUGCAAAAAAAAAGUCAUUGACCAAAGCAAUGGAAUGUACAAAUGUGAAAAAUGUUCACGAGAUUAUCCUAAUUUUACUUACCGUUUGCUGGCUAGCACUAAUUUAGUAGACUGGACUGGUAAUCAGUGGGCAACAGCUUUCAAUGAAGAAGCAGAAGUUUUAUUGAGUGCUUCGGCACAAGAAUUAGGAGAACUGAAGGAAAAAGACGGUGAUACAUAUAUGGAAAAAAUUGGAGCAGCAGCAUUUAAAUCAUACAUAUUUAAAUUACGUCUAAGACUUGAAAAUUUUAAUGAUGAAAGUAGAUUGAAAGCUACAAUAGCUUCAGUUCAACCUAUUAAUUAUAAAAUAUUUACAGAUCAUUUGUUGAGUAGAAUCAAUGAGUUAUCUAAUAUCAAAAAUUAAACUUUAUAAUUUCUUACAACGUAAAUUCUAAUGAGUAAUAUAUUUAUUUUUCAAUAAAAUAUAAUUCCAUAACUUACAAUUUUCAAAAAUAAGACUGGACAUCCUCUAGUGAAGGCUUUGUUUGUCAUACAAUAAAAAUGAUAACUUCAAAUAGAAGAAGGAUGCAUUGCGAUACUAAAUUUGUAAAAUUGAAAUCAAACAAAAUUAUGAAAAUACUGUAAAUUUGUUGUCACGCAAAAUUGCCCUUAAAUCAUUAGUUGUAUAACAUUUGUUAGCUAUGUAUUAUUUUUUUUAUUAAAUAGCACGUUAAGAAAUAAAAAAAAUUCUAAGUUUUGAUACAAUAAAAUGUUUUAUAAGACAUUCUUUUAA